UUAGUAUAGGUUAAAUAAUUUUUAUGUAUGGCUUCGGUAUUGGAAUCCGGCUUGCCUGCUCUUGGGAUCGAAUGUGAUUCUGAUAUUGUUGAAUAUCUACUUGAGCUCUUAGAAUCCGAAGGCAUCGAUGCAUGUGCUGAGUGGAUAGCAGGGGCUUCAGCUGACUGCGACAGUAGUAAGGCUCGUGCGUUGGCAGAAGAAGCGUUUACAGCACUUAAAAAUAACAGCACGAGUUCUGUAUCGGAAAUAUCGGUCGCUGAUGCCUUACAGCAUGUUGAUAUCGCAUUAGCUGCAGCCAAAGCUGCUGCUGAAUGUCCGAAAUCUAGUUCCCUUAACACUUCUGCUUGGGAUCGUAGCGUUGAAUUGGACAAGGACGUAAAGCGCGAGAUUGUGGAACGCUAUGCAUCAGUUGAGCUUCAGACGUUGCAUUUGGAUGAAAACGGUCAGCUCUAUGCAUCUGGAGUAUCGCUUCGUGAUUUGGAUGACGAUGUUGCGCUACCGGUGAAUGACAACGCUGCCCGCGUGAAAAAGGAGCAACAGGAGCGCCGCAUGAUGCAGAAGCAGCAACACAUAGAUGCCCAAGCAAAACAGCAGCUGCAUAAACUGAAACAACAGGAACGUGAGGAGAGGGAACGGCUCCGAUGUCAAAAGAAGGAGCGGCACAAGUAGAUACCGUAGGUAAACUAUGGACCGUGUUCUUCACCUUAGGU